AUGUCAGGUCAAAUUAAUAUUUCAUCGAUCGAAUAUAUCAAACAAUCUGAACUCGCCCGAAUUAUGAAAGAUACCACACAAAUUCCUGGGAAAGAUUACCUUGUGGUUGAUGUUAGAGAUGAUGAUUACGAGGGAGGUAACAUACCAAACAGCAUUAACAAACCUUCUCACAAAAUAAAUGAUCAUAUUACCGCUCUUGUUUUCAAGCACAGUCAAGUACCUAGGAUAAUUUUCACAUGCGCUUUAUCUCAAGUUCGUGGUCCAAAAUGUGCAAGAAUAUAUAAAGAAAAUACAACGAACAAAGAUCAAAAGGUUCAAGUAUUACAAGGUGGAUUUAGCGAAUGGCAAAGAGAAUAUAAGGAUGAUCCUCAACUCGUCGAGAAUUAUGAUGCUGAACAUUGGGAAUACGAAGAUUAUUAG